AUGCUCGCACACGAUUUCCUGAAAAAGGACGAUCGUUCGUUCAAACCAACUUCAUCGUCGAGAUCGGCUUGGUAUUUUUGUGUUUUGGUUUUGACUAAGAUUCUACGAUGUAUUGGAAUAUUCUUUAUCGAUAUUCUAGCUAAAGGCAUUCAUGUUGUUAGCCUUCUAUGGCUUGUUAAAGUUUUUGCGUCCUUUUUAUUGUUACCCAUUCAAAAACCACUUUCUCAAGGGAAAUCUCUCAAGAAACAGACGCUUAUACGAAUCGGAAAAUUAUCAUUAGUUAAUUCGUUAAUAGAAGUGUUGUGGUUCUAUGGUAUCACAUUUUGCGGACCUUUAAGGUCAGUACUUGUCUUCGAACUGAGUCCUUCUGUGCUAUUGGUUGCUAUUGUUUCUAUGUUCAAGGGUAAUUCGACGACAACAAAAAGUAGAGGUGUAUUUUUCCUAGUCAUAGGUUUUGUGGCGCUUAUGCUUAUGGACCGUGAUCAAACGAUCGAGCACAAACAUGAUAUAACUCAUGCUCAUCACAGUGGUCUGAAUCAUUUAUUUUACCAUCUCAUAAACAUGUUUGGUGUUGCUGAUCAUCAAGGGGGGAUAGUAAUACUGUUUCUUGCUCUGCUUCUUCGCAUUGGUUAUGAUAAUUCAUUCCGUCACCUUGCGGUGGAGAUAGGCGGCCCGAAGCGUCUUUACUCUCUUGUAUGCUCGUGCUCCGCUUUGCUGCUUACUCCUAUAGGCGUGCUUUGCUUAGCAAUGACGAAGUCUCACAUCCCUUCUGUACCCGAAUUUGUGUUACUUCUUAUCAUUGCCACGGUCUUCGUCAUGGUUCUUGACUUCUAUGCGGAAAGCGUUUGCUUUCAGCAUGUUGCUGAUCCUGUAAUGGCCGCUGCCCGAUGGUCGCCAGUGACCAUGUUUAGCUGCGCCCUUGGACUAGCAUGGCUGUGGUACAGUGGACAAGGAAUAGCUGAACAUGCUGUCACAUCUGGUGUAUUGAUCACCGUUGUAGCUUUCGUGUUAGCAUCUGUUUCGCUGACAUCCUCCAGUACUCCAAAACAUCGAGGUGGUGAGCUCAUUGGAAUGUCGGACACUGGUCUUCCACUGUUCACGUAUAAGGAGGCCUUCUUGCAGAAAACGAGUCGAUCGCUAUUAUUAUUUGUGAAGGAAACUCUCCGUGAGAUUCUGUCCAAUUCGGAUUCCCGGCGAAUUUUCUGGUUUCUUUGUGUGAACUUAGCAUUUUGCGGUGUUGAGUUCUUAUAUGGCUUUUGGACCAACAGUCUUGGUCUCAUCUCUGACGGCUUUCACAUGUUGUUUGACUGCUCGGCUUUGGUUAUGGGGUUGGUUGCUUCUGUAAUGUCACGUUGGCCUGCUACCCGCCAUUUCAGCUACGGAUACGGAAGAGUAGAGGUGCUGUCCGGAUUUAUAAACGCUCUCUUCUUAUGCGUAAUUGCUCUUUUCAUCUUAAUUGAAGCCCUGGAAAGACUGUUCGAUCCUCCGCUUAUCAACACAGAUAGACUUCUAUUUGUUGCUGUAUCCGGACUCCUUGUUAACUUAUUUGGAAUGUGGUCUUUCCACGGUGAUGGCGAUCAUGGACAUUCCCAUGGGGGUGGGUCCCAUGGGCAUUCCCACGGCGGUGGCUCUCACGGACAUUCGCAUGGAAAUGCUAACAUGCAAGGAGUGUUUUUACAUGUGCUGGCAGAUACGCUUGGAUCAGUUUUCGUGAUCAUAUCAACAUUGCUUAUCCAGUGGUUUGGGUGGACUUGGGUGGAUCCUCUCUGUUCUCUUAUUCUCUCAAUCUUAAUUCUCAGCUCUGUUUACCCUCUACUAAAGAGUAGCAUGAGUACUCUUUUGCAAGAUAUUCCGGAUGAUGAAGAGUUCGAGCAUCACCUUUGUGAAGCUUUAGAGGUAGAGGGAGUGCGUUCAUACUCCAAAGCUCAUUUCUGGCAGUUGAAGAGUGACUUAAACGUUGCGUCUGUUCAUAUUCAAGCGGCUCCAGAAGCUAACGCACAGCUUAUCAGACAUAAAGUAGCUGCUCAGCUAAGAGCGUGUGGAGCGACACAAUGUUCCGUUCAAGUGGAGAAAGAUAUUUUUGUGCAACGAAUCCAACAACUUUGUCCUUCUUAUCGUUUUGGACACAACGUUGCCCGUGGAACGACUAUUGUACGUGAACGAAAAUCCCAUCACAGCCAUGACCAUGGAAAUCACGGGCAUUCGCACAACGGUCACGGACAUUCACACUGA